AUGCAACAGGAAGGAAAACCUAGGUUUCUUAAAUAUCACCAACAAAGUGUUCGUGGUGUUGCAUUCAGUCCCAAAGAUCGAUAUUUGUUUUGCUCAGGUGGAUAUGAUGGUAAAGUGAAUUUAUAUUCUGCCAUGAGAUUGGAUUUGUUAAUGUGUUACCAGAUAACAACGAUGACGUUGGCAAGACACGUUAACGCCGUUAGAUUUACAUCGGAUGGAUCGAGGAUACUGGCAGCAACAACGGCAAGACGAUUGGCUGUGGUCGAUGUCGAACGGGGACAACAACUUUUAGCAUACGAUAAUUGUGCUUUUUCCGGUCGAGAUCGAACCGGUUUAGCAACGGACCCGUUAUGUCCGAACAUGGCCGUGUCCGUGGCCGUGAAUGGAAAGGGCCUUACGUUACUCGAUUUACGAAUGCCUCUUCCAUUAGAUUUCGUACACGAUUUACACAAUGGAAUAAUAAGGGACGUGACGUUCCUUCACAUCUCGUGGCCGUGGUCGAACGGUCAAUCGACACUUCUCACAGCCGGUAGCGAUGGAACUGUUAAAGUAUCCACACUGGAUGGAAGAGUGGUGCAUAGUUAUGUUGCCGGCCAUCAAAUCAACACGAUUUGUCCGACACCCGAACCGUAUAAUAUGGCAGCUGAAGAUGGUUUUUACAGUGUGAUUAUGAGCGGUGGUGAAAUGGUUUCCGCUUACAUACCCGAUGCCGGAGUUCAGGAACAUCUCAAAGAACAGAAAGAUAUGCCCAUAUGGAAAUUAAGGUAUACGAGCAACGGUUCGACUUUGUAUUCCGGAUGCGAAGAUGGAGUUUUAAGAAGGUACAGACGAUAUCCGGAUCAUCAUCAUUAUUUAGGUUCCGUUUUUACUCACAAGGGUGACAUACAAGACUUGGAUAUAUCACCGUACGAUGAAUAUUUGGUAACGGCAUCGAAAGAUAGAUCGGUCGGUGUUUUACGUUUGGGUGCACCCAAUCACGGAUUUACCGAAUACAGCGAACUCACCUGA